CAGGAAGGCUUCAAGUUCAGCUGAGAGAGUUUCAGAUCUCAGAAACUAGCUUCAACGGGAACGGCGAACAAUCCGCCGAAUACCGCAGUGAUGAACGCCAGCUGUUGAUAUUCCCAUGGUUUUUGAUGUGCUGGAGAUUCCGCUCUCUACCAUACCACAACACUCGUUCCCGCAUCAGCCGGGGAGUCCGAAGCACCAUGUUCGCAUAGAGGCACCGAUGAAUGUCCGCGAAAGGGAAUUGUUCCAGCAACGUGUCUACUUCUAUUUGAAUGAGUUAAGAACCUUUUUCGCCGAGGCUCCCAUAGAUAUUCAGGCCGGGAUCUCCGAGGCUGCCCUCACUCAGUUGGCCCACACGCUAGCCGACGGUGCAAUUUUCGAUUCUGUGAUAGAGUUAUCCGAGGCACAGCGGUCUGAAGAACACGCACUUCAUAAACAGCUCAUGUCACUUCGUUCGGAACAGUCAGCUGAGAGGACCGCACUGCGCAACAAGCAUCGUGAAGAACGUGCAAUAAAUGCCUCCCGCCAACAUCAUUUACCAAUUCUACAGAAGGAACAAGAACAGGAACUACAGCGUUUGACCAAACGACAGAUGGACUCAAUGCGUAGUCUGACCACUCACAUUGUGCAUUCCUUGGACGGUCGGGUGAUGGAACAACAAUCCGCCCUGGAGCAAAUCGGUUGCCCCCUUUUUAUUCGUACAACCAACUCUCAUCAAAUUCGUAUUCAAAUGCGUGUCCUUGACUGGAUAAUGCGGUUAUCCCAUCGGCCCCUACCUACUGAACUUCGUGCACCAUCCGUUCCUAACGAAUGGCCUCCUUGACUGUGUCGGUUCUUUCAUUCCCCAAUUCGUGUGUUAGUCUUCUGUCCAGUUAACUAGACCCGACGUUGUUCCGGUGACGCGUUUGGUUUCGUAUUACCACUGUCAUGUACCUUGUGUGAUAAAAAAU